GUCAUGGUGGAAUUUAUUAAUGGAAGACAUUCCAAGCCCCGUUUGCUCCAGUUUCUACUCCGGUGUGAGGAUGCGUUUGUUUUGUGCCUACAUCCUGUCCUGCUCUGUUUUGAUGGUGAGCUCUGCCGUGUCCAACAGCUUCAGAGACUGCAGCCAUUUUUUCUACAUGCAAACGCCUCCAGCAGGGAUCCGAGGGACGAGCCUGAAGAAGAUCUGCCAGAAGUACGCCGACAAACUGCGCUACGCCACCCUGUACGACAGCAGUCGGCGUCUCCCACUGUAUUCAGCUUACAUUUUUAAGAAGUCUGAUGGGAAGGGGAGGGCAGACACACCGUGGAUGUACGAGCCUCAGCUGGUGUCUGAAUCAGAGAGCAGCAACAUGAAGGUGCUUCCUCUGACUGCAGACAUUUCUCCUCUCAUUGAGGAGAGCCAGAUCGUUUUGGAGGACUACGUCGAUGCUGUAGAAUACAGACGAGGCACGCUGAACCCUGACCAGCACCAAGCAGAUCCAGACGACAAAUCCUCUACCUACACCCUCACCAACGUCGUUCCUCUGAUCACUGAUUUCCUGGGAACCUCCUGGAGUUCUUACCUAGACACCGUCCGCCGCCGCCUAAACAACUUCUGCCAUGGUAAGUCUUACAUCGUGACUGGAGUAACUUUUUCAGGAGGCACCAUCAAGCGUGACAACAAGGACCGUCUUUCAAUACCAAAACACGUAUGGAUGGGAUACUGCUGCCCAAAGUUUGACCGUAACUCACCCUACGAGGUGAGGUUCAUGUUCCCCAGUUAUGGCGGCUACGCCCUGAAUGAACAGACGGGCAACAAUGUGGUGGAGGUGCCAUUAAAGAAACUGGAGAGUUUCCUGAAGAGCCAAACAGACUUUGAAAAAGACAUGGCUAUUUUCUACAAGGGCUGUGUGUCAGAAAACACCAUCAAAAAGAAGCGAAGAGACCUGCAGAGGCUGAAUAACUGAGAAUGUUUCAAAUAUACUUGAACCAGAACAGUGUUAAAAUAUAAGGCUAACGUACUUUGAUUAAUGUUAUGGUUUUAUCAAUGUUAGAAAAAGAAGACUGUUUAAAAGUUAAAUUCUUUCCCAACUUGGCCUUAGAGGCUGUAUUUAGAUUGUGUCUGCAUUAAGUACUGUCUGUGGGAUGUCUUGUGCUUUGUAUGCAAUGACUCUUAAAAAAAAACAAGAGGGAAAAGAAUAAACAAUAAAAUCAAUGUUAAAAGGAUA